AUGACUGGCGCAUCGGCUCUAGAACCACCGGCCUUCGUACGUCUUCUGAAUCGAUUCUUCCGGAAAUGCGGUCUAUUUGUUGCCGACAACGACAAGACCGUGCUUAUUGUGACCUUACUUCUCACCGCAUUCUGUUCAUCAAAAAUACUCUUCACGAAACAGGAGGACGACAUCAAGACAGGAUACACACCUAAUGGAGCUCGUUCCCUUGAUGAAAUCGAAGUGUUCUCUGACUUCUUCGCCUCCACUGGUGACCCUAUUGCAGUUUUUCUCUUCGCUACAGCUAAAGAUAACUCCUCGAUGGCAGAGUAUAAUGCGAUGAAGGAAGUCGUCGAAAUUUUGGAUUUUGUUGGAGAAAACUUGACUCAUAAAGGAGAAUCCUUCUAUACAAUGUGCACAGAUUUCUGUCAGAUUAAUGAGCCUGUUAGACAGUAUUAUAAUGGUCUUGCAAUGCGUCAACAAAACCUGUCCGACGUGGGAUCCAGAUUCCAGUUGACUUUCCCAAUGAUGCAAGUUCUUGGAAAGGAAUUGGAUCUGAGUCCUAACUUCUUCGGAGUCAGAACAGAUGAAGAUGGACAAGUUGAAUACGUUAAAAUUAUCAUGCUGCAAAUCAGAGCAAAUAUUCCAAAGGACUGGAAAAAGGAGGAUGCAGCGGAGUAUGAGAGAAUGAUUUCACAGUAUUUCCAUUUCAAGUACAACUCAACCUACGUCACUCCUCUUGCUAUGAGUUUGACCUACACUGGAGAUGAAGUGGUCCGUACCGGUCUCACCAUCUUCCCAUACAUUGGAGUUGGAUUUGCUAUCAUGACAACAUUCUCAGUUAUCACUAUCUACUGGAGCAGCUCUCGUUUGGAUCAGUGGACAGUCCAUAAAAUUUCUGAAGCGAUUCUCGCUUGUGUCUGUCCACUUCUUGCCACGUCAUCCGCUCUGGGAACUCUCUUCUGGUUUGGAUUCAGAUUCGGAACGAUUCUUUGUGUCACACCAUUUUUGAUUUUAGCUAUCGGUGUCGAUGAUGCUUAUCUUCAAAUCCAUGCCUGUAUGAGGUUGACUGCUGAAGAUAGUUCAAUGACCAAAAGAGAGAAAAUCGCACGAAUGCUUGUCGAAGUUGGUCCCUCAAUCGCUAUCACCUCCAUGACAAAUCUUUUUGCUUUCCUUGUCGGAAUCUACACUCCGACUCCAGAAAUCUCACUUUUCUGUGCUGGAAAUGCAGUUGCAAUCCUCUUUGAUUUCAUCUACCAAAUCACAAUGUACACGGCGAUUCUCUCAAUUUGUGAAAACUUGGAAAUGAGGAAGAAUGCCACGAAACGAAAAGAUUCUGAUUUGAGCUUUAAGAAUGAGCAAUUCACGGUUAUGUUGGACAGUUACUGUGACUGGGUUGCCAAUGCGUACACUCACUUGUUGGUUCUCUUCUGCUUCAUCGUCUACAUUUAUGUCUCAGUUCGUGGCGCAUUGAACAUCAAUAUUAUUUUAUCACCGGAUAAGUUGGUCAUCGGAGAUUCACCUCUUCUUCAAGUCAACUAUUUGCGUGAUACUUUUGUGCUUCCAAACUACACUACAGUCAACAUUUUUGUGCAAAAUCCCGGAAAUCUAACUAUCCAGUCGAAUCUAGAUUAUAUGAACUCUCUUAUGGAAAGUUUCGAGUCAUAUCCAGAGUGCCUUGGAAAGAAAUUCAGUCACUACUUCGUAAGAGAUUAUGAAUCAUUCCGUGAAUCCUCACUGGAAGAAAUGGAAAUGUUGGAAGAUGAAGAAGGAGAAUCUUUGAAGAACAAGACAGCAGCAGAACCAUUCUCAAAAGAAGCCAUGUCGGAUUUCCUCGCUUGGCCAGAAUUCCAGCAUUGGAAUGGGUUCGUGAAGUUUGAUGAGAAUCAAAAGCUCUCCAGAUUCUGGGCUACCGUAUCCUACCACGGAGAAGGACUUGGAGACUUUCAAGUUCGAAGAAAGAUGCUGAAUAGAUGGAGGGCUACAGCUGAUCAAUUCGCACCUCUCAAUGUUUCCAUCUUCGACGACUACGCUCCAUUUGUGGACACACUGGAAACAAUUCUACCUGCAACAAUCUCAACAUCUGUUUGCACUCUUUUAUGCAUGAUGGUCGUCUGUUUCUUGUUCAUGUACAACGUUUUCACCGUUUUCGUAGCGACCUUGGCCAUCACAUCUAUUUGCAUAGGUGUGUUCGGAUUUCUUUCAAUGUGGGGAAUCGAUUUGGAUCCUAUUUCGAUGGCAUGUCUGAUUAUGAGUAUUGGAUUCUCUGUCGAUUUCCCAGCACACAUCACAUUCCAUUACUUCAGAGAGGGACUUCAUGACCCACAAUCGACACCGGCGAAGAGAGUGGCAAGAUCCCUCGCUGCUAUCGGUUUCCCACUCCUUCAAUGUGGAAUCUCGACAAUUCUCUUUGUCCUCUGCCUACUUUUCGUCCCAACAUAUAUGGGUGAAGUGUUCGUGAAAACAAUGAUUCUUGUUGUGACACUGGGUCUUAUCCAUGGACUUUUCAUAGUUCCAGCAUUCCUGUGUGCUUUCACAGCUAUCCAUGAAACUUGUUUUUCAUCGACGAAAGUGAAGAACUCUCAGGUAUCCGAGUUCAAUCAAGGUACUUCUUACAACGGAAUCCUACCAACAAGACCAGAUAUGAGCGAGGAUAAAGUGCUUAUCAGAAAACUCAAAAUGUACUCAAUCCUGUUCUUCAUCCUCUUCAUUCUCUUCCUCAUCACUACUAUAAUUGUCUCGGUUAUCCUUGGAAUUAAUAUUAAAAAUGAACAAGAUCUCGAGGAUCAACUGGAAACUUGCAUCAAAAUGCGUGAUUCGUUCUUCUUCAAAUCCAAAGAUCCCUCUCAAAUCAUUGAUACUUAA